AUGUCUCAAAUCAUGUUGCAGGAAGACAACAAGGCGACUCGCCCUGCUUUCCUCUCUAGGAUGUUCUCUUCUAAAGGACGAUUCUACCGCACCACUAUGCCGCCAAGCGCUACUGUCAACAGCAAAAACCCUAGCACCGUGUUGAAAACAUUCAUCUCAGUGUUCAACUCAUCUCAAAUUUGCAGGAUCACUCUCAAGGACAGACUGAGACAGAUCAUCAUCCAAGGCGCGACAAAGGCCUGGAAUCCAUCAUCCUCCUCCAUCAGCCCACGCAACCUAUUCAAACAAACCUUCAAGCCUACCGAUCCAGCUUCACGUCUCUCCUCUCACGAAUAUCACACUUCUCUACCCGGCACCCAUUCACUGCUCUCAGUGGAGGUAUCCUUGUCAGCAUUCCUCUCAGACUCACCAACCUCGCCAGCGACAGACACUCAAUCAAGCACAUCAACCUACGCAGAGACCUCUAAAUCACAGGCCGACAUGUGCUUCAAAUACAAGUGCGACGCCUGCAAGAAGGCGAAUUACAACUUCUGCGAGGACUACCUCCAGAACGAGGAGGACCGCAAGUGGUGCAACGUUGCGGUGGAGAACCCCUGGGGCAGCAUGCUCAAACGCUGCCAUUCCUGCGCCACGGUCAUCGGCGCCAUAAAGGAGCUGAAGGCGCUCGUGUUCCGGGAGCCAUGGCUCCUGACUGAGGGCAUGGCGGGCGCGCCAGAGAAGGCCGCCUGGGAGAAGGAGGAAGAGGAGGAAGCCGCCGGGGGUCUUGCCGUUGUCGAUACUGACGACGACGACACCCCCGACGGCUAUACAAAGGAGGAACGGGACCGGAUUCGGUGGGAGGCCGAAGAGGCCGUCAUGCGUCGCUGGGGGCUGAUGAAGGCGGAGCAGGCCGCAGAGGAGGAAGCCAACAAGGCUGAAUAG